AUGGAAACCACCAAGAGCUUCAAGGCCAACUCGGAGAUCGAUUCGAAGGCAGCUUCUGAUGCUGGCUACGAUACCAAGGUCGGCAGUCCCGAGAAGGGUGAGACCGUCUCUGGGGUUCGGGGAUGGUUGAAGAAGCUGUCAGUCGAAACGGGGGGUAUCGAGCGCGUUACCGAUGAAGAUCGCCAGACGAACACGUCGAAAGUCUGGAACGCGUGUACAUUUUGGCUGAGCGCGAACAUGGCCGUUGCUACAUUGAGCACUGGAAUGGUUGGAGGAUCUAUGGGCCUAGCAUUUUGGGACUGUUUCGCAAUCAUCGUGGUCGUCAACUUGCUCAGCUGCUUAUUGCCAGCAUGGACAGCCUCUCUUGGCCUGUCAGGUCUACGAAUGACGACUUUUUCACGAUACUCGUUCGGUUACUGGGGCAACCUCCUCGUCGUUGUCUUCUCCAUAGUCAGCACCACAGGCUGGAAUGCUAUCAACUCCAUCUCCGGUGCCUCCUGUCUGUACGCUCUCUCGGACGGCAAAGUACCCACGUGGGCUGGCGUGAUCAUCAUUUGCACGACGGUCUGGCUCAUAUGUGCCCUCGGCAUCACCUGGAUCCAUCGACUAGAUGCCUUCCUUUGGAUCCCUCCUACCAUUGUGUGGUGCGUAGCAGCUGGAACGGGCGCGAAGAACUUCCACGGUGCAGCCAUCAAGUCGCCCACAGGAGCUAACGGCGCGGCGUCCGCAUUGUCAUUCAUGGCCGUUGUCUUCUCCUUUGCCGUAUCAUGGGUCAACUGCGCAGCCGACUACAAUGUCAGGAUGCCGGUCAAUACUCCUAGAAGCAAGAUCUUCUUCGCCACGUAUGCCGGUAUCCUCAUCCCAACGGUCUUGGUGCAAACUCUAGGCGCUGCCCUGUACAGUGGGACCGAAUUGAACAAAUCAUGGAAACUGGCUUAUCUUGAUGCUGGAGUCGGUGGCCCACUUCAGAAGGCACUCGAGCCUGCAGGCGGCUUUGGAAAGUUCCUCAUGGUCCUGGCAGCAUUGAGCGCUAUCCCUAACAACAUACCCAACAAUUACUCAUUCGCCAUGCACGCUCAGAACUUUGGUCCUUGGGCCGUUCGAAUCCCACGGAUAAUACUAGUGACCUUCGGCUUCAUCGCUGCCAUCAUAGUCGGUUGCUUCGCGGCCAAGUACUUCCACGACACUCUCCAGACAUUCCUUAGCAUCAUCGGUUACUGGACGAUCAUCCAUAUCGUCGUCGUAGCCGAAGAGCACUUGAUCUUCCGGGCGAAUCGAUGGAGUCGGUAUGACUUCGAUGCCUGGGACAAGCCUGCGUUGCUACCGUUUGGCUGGGGAGCGAUAGCCGCGUUCUGUUUUGGGUUUUUGGGUGCCGCUAUGGGAAUGAAGGUCGCUUGGUACGAUGCACCUAUUGCUGGUCUGAUUGGGAAGAAAGGUGCCAACAUUGGGCAUGAGUUGACGGCUGCUUUCUCGGGUCUGGCGUUUCCUGUCUUUAGGUGGUUGGAGAAGAAGUAUACUGGGAAAUGAUGGGUUAGAUCUUGAGUUUUAGGAGUUUAGUGCCGCGGCUCGGAGUCCAAAACGUUGAAGGACCUUAGAUUGAUAUUUCGACCAAAUAU